ACCUACGCACUUCCUUAGCAGCGAGCUAGCUGCUAGCCGGCUAGCCUGCCCCGCUGCGUGCCGUGCCCGCAUGAAUAGUUUCCAGAUAUGAUGAGCGGCAGGACGAGCGCGAUCAUCGCCGGGGUGUGCGGGGCCCUCGUCAUCGCAUACUGUAUUUAUUUCGACAGAAAGCGACGGAGCGACCCUCGCUUCAAGGAAAAGUUACGCGAACGUAGAAGAAAGCAAAAGUCUUCCAGUGUAAAGUCUGGACUUGCAAAGCUGCCUGACUUGAAGGACGCGGAAGCUGUUCAGAAAUUCUUUCUGGAAGAAAUCCAGCUGGGAGAGGAGCUCCUGUCACAAGGUGAAUUUGAGAAAGGUGUGGACCACCUGACCAACGCGAUUGCAGUAUGCGGUCAGCCCCAGCAGCUGCUACAGGUGCUACAGCAGACGCUGCCGCCUCCAGUCUUCCAAAUGCUGCUCACCAAACUGCCCAGCAUCAGCCAGCGAAUCAUCAGCUCUCAGUCUCUAACAGAAGAUGACGUCGAAUGAAUGUGCAUGAACGCUCCUACUGCUCCAUGAAGGGAUUUCAGACACUGAUAUUUGUGCACUGUUUGGUACGUGUGACUGCAGGUGUGUGUGAGAGUUUGAUCUUUGGAUAUCAGACAAUAACACCCCCCCUCCUCCUCCUGUUAUCAUAGCACUUUGCCAAGAUUUCUGGGAAAUGUUAAACACAUUCCAUCUUUCGUACCUUCUUCCCACCAGAUCUCAUGUUUUCUAGCCUUCUGUUUAUUUCCCUCAGAAGUAAUUAUGUCUUUUUUGGGGGGGUUGCUGAAAUUCAUGUAAAAAAUCAAAAAUUAAAAGUAUGUAGACCAUUUGUUACAUAUUACUGCGCAGUUGAUAUACAUGUGAAAGAGUGUCUGCGCUGAACAGAACACUUGUUUGUCGAAUAUUAUGAUGUUUUCUGAGAUUAUUCUUUCAAUGUUAUUUUUAUAUUCCAGUCUUUCUUAUCUGGACUUUUGUGAGUGUGUGUGUGUGUGUGUUUUAAAAUCCUACAAUAAAAUAUAAAAACACA